AUGGCACCUUUCCAACAAGGCAACUCCACUGCUACCCUGUUCAUCUUGGUCGGCUUCCCAGGUAUGGGAGCUGCUCAGUUCUGGCUGGCUUUCCCCCUCGCCUUCCUUUUCCUGGUGGCUAUCCUUGGUAACGGCACCAUUAUUUACAUCAUUAAGGUCGAGCGGAGCCUCCACGAGCCCAUGUACCUUUUCCUCUGCAUGUUGGCUGCCAUCGACAUGCUGAUAUACCUGUCCACCAUGCCCAAAAUGAUGGCCAUAUUCUGGUUCAAGUCCACCAGCAUCGUCUUUGAUGCUUGCUUGGUCCAGAUGUUCUGCAUCCACAGCCUGUCGGGCACGGAAUCCACCAUCCUGUUGGCUAUGGCAUUUGACCGCUACAUCGCCAUAUGCUACCCACUGAGUCAUGCAUCCAUCCUUACCACGCCCAGGAUAGCUAAGAUAGGACUGGUGGCAGUCAUCCGCGGAGCAGCCUUGAUGGCCCCCUUGCCGAUUUUCAUUAAGAGAUUGCCCUUUUGCCAUUCAAAUGUUCUGUCCCAUUCUUACUGCCUUCACCAAGAUGUCAUGAAGCUCGCCUGUGCCGACAUAAAAGUCAACAUCAUCUACGGACUGAUAGGAAUCACUGCGGCCACCUUCGUGGUGGGCUCGGAUUCCAUCUUCAUUGCCAUUUCCUACGUGCUCAUUCUUCGGGCUGUCGUGGGGCUUUCUUCAAAGGAGGCCCGUCUGAAAUCUUUUGGCACUUGUGGCUCCCACAUCUGUGUCAUCCUUAUCUUCUACACUCCUGGACUCUUCUCCUUCUACACCCAGCGCUGGGGGCACAACAUCCCUACACACGACCACAUCCUGCUGGCCAACCUCUAUCUGCUGGUGCCCCCAUGCUCAACCCCAUCAUCUAUGGCAUGA